AUGGUCGAACGUGCAGCCAACCCCCUGCACCGACAGAAACGUUUGCUGGGCGAGUCAGAUUCGUCUGACGAAGAGGAUGAUGAAGAGCGCUAUCCUCAUUUGAUUAAGGCCUUGAAGGAAGCUGAAGAGUGUAUAACAAGGAGUCUGCACAUGAACCUCCAUACAAUCAAGCGAAUUGCAAACAACACGUUCAAGAAGCACUUCCCGCGUGGCGGAGCGAUUACAGAAGUAGAAGACUCCUAUUGGAGUUACGUACUACUCCGCUCUGAGCACGUGUGUGUCAACAGCGCUUCCAUAGACGCCGGUCCAGAGGGCUAUGGUUUUGCCAAAAAUGAGGAUGAACCUUAUGGCAGCCAUCCCUGGAACUUAAAGACGUUAAGCAAAAACAACGGCAACGUGCUACGUCUGCUCGGGCCGGUGCUAGGUCUGACCGUUCCCACCUUACACCUCGGCAUGUUGUACUCUACGAGCUGCUGGCACCGCGACCCGCACGGCCUGCCCUGGAUGGAGUACAUGCACCAGGGCUCAUCGAAGAUAUGGUAUGGGAUAUCGGACCAGGAAAGUGAAAGGUUCAGACAAGCGGUGGAAAUCUUAUGCCCCACAUCACGC